CGGUGUUGUUGCUCUUGUGUCUUGUCAAAAGUCUGAGACUUUGGAUUCGAUUGAGUUGUGUGUUCUUCUUGGUUUUGGUUUUGUGUAGAAGCUACAACGGAGAUGAGCAAGAGACCACCACCUGAUCCGGUGGCGGUGCUGAGAGGGCACCGUCACUCGGUUAUGGACGUUUCGUUCCAUCCAUCAAAAUCUCUGCUUUUCACUGGUUCAGCUGAUGGAGAGUUGAGGAUUUGGGAUACACUUCAGCAUCGUGCAGUUUCUUCUGCUUGGGCACAUAGUAGAGCACAUGGGGUUUUAGCUGUAGCAGCUAGUCCCUGGUUAGGAGAGAACAAGAUUAUCAGCCAAGGCAGAGAUGGAACUGUUAAGUGUUGGGAUAUUGAAGAUGGUGGUCUAUCAAGAGACCCAUUACUUAUACUCAAUACAAGCGCCUAUCAUUUUUGCAACUUCUCUCUUGUUAAGAAGCCUAUGACUUGUCUUAUUAAAGAUGCUGGAGGUCAGUCAGAAGAUUUUAAUGAGCCGGAUGCUGGAGACACACGUGAUGUUCAAUCUACAGAUGAAAGUGAAAGUUCUGUUGAUGACUCUGGUUUGCUUCAGGGUCGAGAUCAUGCCGAAGGUACCACUUAUGUAGCAGUAGCAGGGCAGCAACCUUCUGAGGUAGAGAUAUGGGAUCUCAAUACCGGAGACAAGAUCAUACAACUUCCUCAAGCCAGCCCUGACAAUUCCCCUAAUGAUUCUACGAAAGCAAGAGGAAUGUGUAUGGCUGUUCAAUUAUUUUGCCCUCCUGAAUCACAGGGUUUCUUACAUGUCUUAGCUGGUUAUGAGGAUGGUUCCACGGUGCUUUGGGACAUACGCAAUGCUAAGAUUCCUUUAACCAGUGUCAAGUUUCAUUCAGAACCAGUUUUGAGUCUUAGUGUUGCAUCAUCAUGUGAUGGAGGUAUCUCAGCAGGGGCAGAUGACAAAAUUGUGAUGUAUAAUCUCAACCAUUCAAAUGGUUCUUGUACAAUGAGGAAAGAGAUUACUUUGGAAAGGCCUGGUGUAUCAGGCACCUCAAUCCGACCCGAUGGGAAAAUUGCAGCCACGGCUGGUUGGGACCACAGAGUAAGGGUCUAUAAUUACCGCAAAGGAAAUGCUCUAGCUAUACUAAAGUACCACCGAGCAACGUGUAACGCGGUAUCCUACUCUCCAGACUGUGAGCUGAUGGCGUCUGCAUCUGAUGAUGCAACUGUUGCUCUCUGGAAACUCUACCCUCCCCAAAAAUCUCUUUGAUCUCUCUGUCUGUGGUUUGGUUUCUCGACUUGAUUCUCUUGAAGUUGUAAAUUCAUCAAUCAUCAUGUCCAUCACCAUCAUUAAGAGAACAAACAAAUGAAUGGAUGAAUAAUAGAGAGUACUAGAGUAGAGUAUACAUUCUGUUUUGGUUA